GUUUCUGUUGUCUCACUUUUAGAUUGUGCAGGUCAUUUCUGCCUGCCCAUCCGUUCUGCCAGUCCAGAUAUGCCUCCCCAGAUGCAGAACAACAUGAACUACUCUGCCCAGAUCGUCCAAGGUAGCCUGGACACCUUGCCCAAAGUCCGAGACUUCGUGGAAAGUAGUGCCCAGUUGUGCCAGCCAGACAAAAUUAUUAGAACAAGCAUGGUCAAGAAACUGAAGAAGUAUGAUAAUUGCUGGUUGGCUCUUACUGAUCCAGAGAUGUGGCCAGAAAUCGAAAGCAAAACUGUCAUCAUCACCCAGGAACAAAGAGACACAGUACCCAUCCCCCGGACUGGAAUUAGCCAACUGGGUCGCUGGAUGUCGGAGGAAGACUUUGAGAAAGCCUUCAAUGCCAGAUUUCCAGGAUGCAUGAAAGGCCGAACGAUGUAUGUCAUUCCUUUCAGCAUGGGCCCCAUUGGUUCUCCUCUGUCAAAGAUAGGCAUUGAACUGACAGAUUCACCCUAUGUGGUGGCCAGUAUGAAGAUCAUGACCCGAAUGGGAACACCAGUCUUAGAAGCACUGGGAAAUGGGGAAUUUGUAAAAUGCCUCCAUUCUGUGGGCUGCCCUUUACCUCUAAAAAAACCUUUAGUCAACAACUGGGCCUGUAAUCCAGAAUUGACCCUCAUCGCUCACAUUCCUGAUCGCCGAGAGAUUAUUUCCUUUGGAAGUGGUUAUGGUGGAAACUCCCUCCUGGGGAAAAAGUGCUUUGCCCUCAGAAUAGCAAGCAGGAUUGCUAAGGAAGAAGGCUGGCUUGCAGAGCAUAUGCUGAUCCUGGGCAUCACGAAUCCUGAGGGCAAGAAGAAGUACUUUGCUGCAGCUUUUCCUAGUGCCUGUGGAAAGACCAACUUGGCGAUGAUGAAUCCAACAAUCCCAGGGUGGAAAGUUGAAUGCGUUGGUGAUGAUAUUGCUUGGAUGAAAUUUGAUGAGCAAGGCAACUUAAGGGCUAUUAAUCCAGAAAAUGGAUUUUUUGGAGUUGCUCCUGGAACUUCUGUGAAAACAAAUCCCAAUGCUAUUAAUACCAUUCAGAAGAACACUAUCUUUACCAAUGUGGCAGAAACAAGUGAUGGGGGUGUUUACUGGGAAGGCAUCGAUGAACCUUUAGGCCCAGGGGUUACACUUACAUCAUGGAAAAACAAGGAAUGGACUCCAGAGGAUGGAGAGCCUUGUGCCCAUGCCAAUUCCCGAUUCUGUACUCCUGCAAACCAGUGUCCCAUCAUUGACCCUGCCUGGGAAUCUCCAGAAGGAGUUCCAAUAGAGGGCAUUAUCUUUGGAGGCCGUAGACCUGUUGGUGUACCUCUGGUCUAUGAAUCCAUGAGCUGGCAGCAUGGAGUAUUUGUUGGGGCUUCAAUGAGGUCAGAAGCAACAGCAGCAGCUGAACACAAAGGCAAAGUCAUCAUGCAUGAUCCCUUUGCUAUGAGACCUUUCUUUGGCUACAAUUUUGGGAAGUAUCUGGCUCAUUGGCUCAGUAUGGCUCAGCGCCCAGCAGCUAAGCUGCCCAAGAUCUUCCAUGUUAACUGGUUCCGGAAGGAUAAAGAAGGCAAAUUCCUUUGGCCAGGAUUUGGGGAGAAUUCCCGUGUCCUAGAAUGGAUCUUCAAUAGGAUCAAUGGAGAAGACAAUGCUAAGCUCACACCCAUUGGUUACAUCCCUUCUGAAGAUGCCUUUAAUCUCAAGGGUCUGACAGAUAUCAAUAUGACAGAGCUCUUCAGCAUCUCAAAGGAGUUUUGGGAGAAAGAGGUGGAGGACAUUGAGAAGUACUUUGAAGUGCAAGUCAAUACUGACUUGCCGUAUGAAAUCGAAAGGGAAAUCAGUGCUCUUAAGCAAAGAAUAAGCCAGAUAUAAUCAGGCUAGCAUAGAUUGUUUACAUAUUUGUUCACUUUUGGGAGUGGGGGGAACUGAUGACUGACUAGUUUCCAAUUCAUAAGAUGCCUCACCAGGUAAAUGACCAUGCACUAUGGGUAGGACCAUAAUAAAUGCACUAGGGUAGCACUAUGAUGAAUGCACUGAUAAGCCUGGUAGUAACUCUGAGAAGCAUGAUUUAAUUUUUCAGAUAAGGUAUUAAGAGAUUGGGAGUGAAAGAUCUUUGUCAUAUCUUUAUUAUUCUACCUAGUGAAUGUUUUGUUGUACUUUAAGAACACUUAAGACAUUAGCCCUCAUUCAUCUUAGCAAUAUCACAGGGGACUAUGAAACUCAGAAAGAAAAAUACUUGAGAUGUACAUAUGUGUGUUUGUGUGUAUGUGUGUAUGUGCUUCUGUAUGUACUGUCAUUAAAACAUAUUUAACAUCUUCAGAAAAUUCUUGGGAAAGAUUACUGGUUAGUCUUUACUAGAAUGAAAUGUCACUAUUAAUAAUAUA